UAUUUCAGUGGCCUCUCUCUACGCUCCGCAUCACCCAUCCACUUCCAGCAACUGACUGCCUCUGGUCUACGAAUCCACCUCGGAGGCCAGACCGCAUCUUACUGCCCGGAGAAUGUCCAGCAGCUUGGCGCCUGCCCCAACACCACAUACACCAACUUUAUUGGUGGCAACGGCGGCCUUUCUAUGGGCGCUGUAGUCCCAGGCGGCCAGCAAGUCUACGUCGACCCGACUUGUGGCGCCGUCAGCUACACUCAGGCUCACUCCGCUGCCAUGCCCGCAAACGCCAUUAUCGACGGCUGGGUACUGACGCCAGGUGGUGCUGGUAGCUACCUCUCGAACACGAACGGCGCCACGAUUGCCUGCCAGAACAAUGAGACCAACGUCUGGGAUGUCUAUCUCGCGCUUCCCGGCCUUGCUGUUCCGGAUAGCUGCCUUGGCUUCACCAUCAUCACUGCUAAUGAGACCGGCGCGGCUCAAUGGCAGUAC